UCCCGCCCCGGCCCCGACCCCUCCCGCCCCCGGCCCUCUCGCCCCGACCCUCCCCCGGUCCCCGCCUCGCCCCGCCGGCUUCCCACCACGGCCUCUCUCGGCGAGGAAACUCUGGCCUCCGCUUCCUCCUCCUCCGACUCGGACGCCGGCGGAGCCUCCCCGCCCCCGCGGAAGAAACCCCGAGCCUCGGCGGCGGAGGGAGCAGGAGAGCCCGGGGCUUCGGCAGGCAGAGCAGGCCUCUCCCCUCCGUCCUCGUCGUCCUCGUCCUCGUCCUCGUCGUCGUCGUCCUCCUCCUCCUCCUCCUCCGUGGUGGUGGUGGUGGGACUGCCCCCGGCCGCUGCCCCCGCCGCCGCCCCCCACCGAAGUAGCGGCCACAGCCUGGUCAGCGGCAGCAUCAUGCAGGCCAACGGGGCAGGAGGAGGAGGAGGAGGCGGCGGCGGCGGCGGCGGCAGCGGAGGGGGCGGCGGGGGCCAGGGACAGACCCAGGAGCUGGCCUGCCUGUCGGCCCAGAACGGGGAGUCGUCCCCCUCGUCGUCGUCGUCCGCGGGGGACCUGGCCCACGCCAACGGGCUGUUGCCUUCCGCCCCCUCCGCCGCCAGCAACAAUAGCAACAGCCUGAAUGUCAAUAACGGGGUCCCCGGCGGGGCCGCCACUGCCGCCGCCUCGGCCGCCGCCGCCGCUGCCUCCUCGGCCACCCCAGAGCUGGGCAGCAGCCUCAAGAAGAAGAAGCGGCUCUCCCAGUCCGACGAGGAUGUCAUUAGGCUAAUAGGACAGCACUUGAAUGGCUUAGGGCUCAACCAGACUGUUGAUCUCCUCAUGCAAGAGUCAGGAUGUCGUUUAGAACAUCCUUCUGCCACCAAAUUCCGAAAUCAUGUCAUGGAAGGAGACUGGGAGAAGGCAGAAAAUGACCUGAAUGAACUAAAGCCUUUAGUGCAUUCUCCUCAUGCUAUUGUGGUAAGAGGCGCACUUGAAAUCUCUCAAACGUUGUUGGGAAUAAUUGUGAGGAUGAAGUUUUUGCUGCUGCAGCAGAAGUACCUGGAGUACCUAGAGGAUGGCAAGGUCCUAGAGGCCCUUCACGUUCUGCGCUGCGAGUUGACGCCCCUGAAGUACAACACGGAGCGCAUUCAUGUCCUCAGCGGGUAUCUGAUGUGUAGCCAUGCAGAAGACCUACGUGCAAAAGCAGAAUGGGAAGGCAAAGGAACAGCUUCCCGAUCCAAACUGUUGGACAAACUGCAGACGUAUUUGCCACCAUCAGUGAUGCUCCCCCCCCGGCGUUUACAGACCCUGCUGCGGCAGGCAGUGGAACUACAAAGGGAUCGGUGCCUAUAUCACAAUACCAAACUUGAUAAUAAUCUAGAUUCUGUGUCUCUGCUUAUAGAUCAUGUUUGUAGUAGGAGGCAGUUCCCAUGUUAUACUCAGCAGAUACUUACGGAGCAUUGUAAUGAAGUAUGGUUCUGUAAAUUCUCCAAUGAUGGCACGAAACUAGCAACAGGAUCGAAAGAUACCACGGUUAUCAUAUGGCAAGUUGAUCCGGAUACACACCUGCUAAAACUGCUCAAAACCUUAGAAGGACAUGCUUACGGCGUCUCCUACAUCGCGUGGAGUCCGGACGACAGCUACCUUGUUGCUUGUGGCCCAGACGACUGCUCUGAGCUGUGGCUUUGGAAUGUCCAAACGGGAGAGCUAAGGACAAAAAUGAGCCAGUCUCAUGAGGACAGUUUGACAAGCGUGGCUUGGAAUCCAGAUGGGAAACGCUUCGUAACUGGAGGUCAGCGCGGCCAGUUCUACCAGUGUGAUUUAGACGGGAACCUCCUUGAUUCCUGGGAAGGGGUGAGAGUGCAAUGCCUUUGGUGCUUGAGCGACGGCAAGACUGUUCUGGCAUCAGACACACACCAGCGGAUCCGGGGGUACAACUUUGAGGACCUUACAGAUAGGAACAUAGUACAAGAAGAUCAUCCCAUUAUGUCUUUUACUAUUUCCAAGAAUGGCCGAUUAGCUUUGUUAAAUGUAGCAACUCAGGGAGUUCAUUUAUGGGACUUACAAGACAGAGUUUUAGUAAGAAAGUAUCAAGGUGUCACGCAAGGGUUUUAUACGAUCCAUUCAUGUUUCGGAGGCCAUAACGAAGACUUCAUCGCUAGUGGCAGUGAAGAUCACAAGGUUUACAUCUGGCACAAACGUAGCGAACUGCCAAUCGCGGAGCUGACAGGGCACACACGCACAGUGAACUGUGUGAGCUGGAACCCACAGAUCCCAUCCAUGAUGGCCAGCGCCUCAGACGAUGGCACUGUUAGAAUAUGGGGACCAGCACCUUUUAUAGACCACCAGAAUAUCGAAGAUGUCAGCAAGAAGGAGCACCCACGGUCUGGUGAGCGUGCCAGGCCGGAAGAGGAUGUGGGUGAGACUGAGACCCGCUGCAUACAUGUGCAGAGCGCGUCUGCGCGUCCCCACGGAACCAGCCCGUGUGCCUCUGGGACCGUCGCUGGAACCAAGACCCUCUGGACGACUGGUGUUUUACAGAUCCAUAACCAUGAUUCUAGUUGCUUCUCUCGUUUUAUCAGUCAUUUGGAAGUUUGUUCUUCAAGGAGCCAUGUUCGAUUUGGAGACACAGAGAAACAUUAGGUAGAUAAAGAAUUUCCUGGUAAGCAGGUACACCUCAGACCCAGCUCAGAGACGAUGCCUGUGCUGCCCCACCAUUGGGUGGAGCAAGUGGCUGUGGACACCGAGGCAGCAGGGGAGCCAGAGCUGGGCCUCAUGGGGUCCGCUCCACCGCCACGGCCCUGCCUUGUGUUCUGGCAGCGCAGGUGCAGCCCCAGGAAUACAUUCACAGAUACCUGAAACAGGAGGACAGUUUCUGUAAAACUUAGGUAUUUGGCUAUAUGCCUUUUAUGUAGGUAUCUUCUGGGUUCUUUCCCCUAUUUGAAUUUUUUUUUUAAACUAAUUAAAGUAAUACCUGUUUGGAAUAGAAAUUUUGGAAAACAUAGAUGAGGCUGAAGAAAAUGACAUUCAAAAAUCAUGACACCCUAGCAUACUGUAAGUCAUUUAAGCAAAAAUAUUUGACUCCCAUUUCAAAAACGAACUUGCUGACCUUUCAUUCUAACAGUAGAGUUCCAUACAUUGUUGUUUAAGGAGAGUGUCAAGUAGGUUAGGACUAAGCAGGCCAACGCUGCAACACGGAUCUUCAGAUCAAUACGCCAAGUGAAAGACACUGGACACAGAAGACCACUUAGUGCAGCCCCAUUUCUGUGAAAUGAGUGGGCAGGUCCGUGGAGACUGAAAGUAGCCCAGUGGGGUGCUGAGGGCUGGGUGCUGGCAUUUGUGUGUGACUGCCGACAAGUGAUGAGAUGGUUGGCCAGCCCGGGACUGUGCCUGGUACAACCGCUAAACUGUAUCCAGGAGGCUUGUUGACCCAUUCCC